UUUCGCCCUGCCCGACUGGAGAGGGACCGGCCGAGGUGGUGGUGCGAGCGGUGUACACUGGGGGCCAGCAGUCAUCCCAAGUCCGCGCCGGGACCCAGCCCGAUCACCCCGCGCAUCCUCGGCACGGUGCGAGCCACUUCUCCCCGUCCGUCGCUGUCCCCGGGGAGAUGGAGCCACCAGCUCUGACAGGGGACGCGCUCCUUGUCGGUCUCUAUUUCGGCGCCCUUCAGUGGCCUAAAACGCGGGCGGUGAUGAGACCCGCGGUGCCUGGUAGCGGCGGUGGCCGGGCGCGGCUUGUUUCUUGGCCGGAGAGGAGGGGGACCGGGCGGGACGGGAGAGCGUUUCGCAGCCGGCGAAUGGGUCCCGGUUCCUCCGGACAGGGUGCCCGCAUCACACCUCCCGCCGCGCUGGGACCCGGCUGCUGUUGCUGUUCAGCUUUCUCAAGCUGGGACUGACAGAAACUCAGGGACACGGAACUGCCUUUUAACUUUUAUUUGAGCAGCUGAGAAGUUUUCUUAAAAAUCUGGAGCAUAAUAUUAUUGUAGACUUUGGAAACGAUGGUGAAAGGACGGCAAAAUCUCUCUCGUUUGGUAGAAUGGAUUAACAGUUGACACAGUUGAUAGCAGAGACCAGUGCAGUGCUUUGUGCUCUUUUCUUAGGUCUGAUGACAUUGCUCAGAUAGCGACUUGCUUCCUUUAGGCUGAGUAAACCAUCCGAGAACAUCGGUGAAGUGGCUGAACUGACCAUAGCGGGGCUUGAUUUUUAGGAGCGUUAACUCCGGGCUGGAAGAUCGCUGUGAAAGGCUGUCCCUGCUGGUAGCAGCCGUGGGAGGAGAACCAAAACCAUUAACAAUCAUGCUACACCGAGAAAAUGAUACUUUGGGAUUCAAUAUUAUAGGAGGACGACCCAAUCAGAAAAAUCAGGAGGAAUCUGCUGAGGGAAUUUAUGUGUCAAAGAUCUUGGAAAAUGGACCUGCAGACAAAGCAGAAGGCCUGCAAAUUCAAGACAAAAUUAUUGAGGUCAAUGGGAAGGACCUCUCCAAGGCCACUCACGAAGAGGCAGUGGAAGCUUUUCGCAAUGCCAAGGAGCCAAUUGUAGUUCAGGUUUUACGACGAGCCCCAAUUAGCAAAGCUCAUGGUAGCUCUCAGGAUGUUCGGCUUGUGGACGCCAGUACUCAGACUGACAUCACUUUUGAGCACAUCAUGGCUCUAGCCAAACUAAGACCUUCCACACCACCAGUUCCUGAUAUCUGCCCUUUUCUGCUCUCAGACAGCUGCCAUUCUCUUCACCCAGUGGAGCAUGAAUUUUAUGAUGGUAAUGAGUAUCUUUCCAGCCUGCCUGCUGAUGCAGAUAGAGCAGAGGACUUUGAGUAUGAGGAGGUGGAGCUGUGCCGUGUUAGCAGCCAGGAGAAGCUGGGGCUGACUGUCUGUUACAGAACCGACGAUGAGGAGGACACAGGGAUCUAUGUCAGCGAGGUUGAUCCGAACAGCAUUGCUGCCAGAGAUGGCCGGAUCCGUGAAGGAGAUCGCAUUUUGCAAAUAAAUGGCCAAGAUGUCCAGAAUCGGGAAGAGGCAGUGGCAUUGCUCUCCAGUGAAGAAUGCAAGAAAAUUGUGUUGCUGGUUGCAAGACCAGAGAUGCAGCUGGAAGAAGGGUGGCUCGAUGAUGAAAGGAAUGACUUCUUAGAGGAGUUAAACUUGGAAAUGUUGGAAGAGCAGCAUAAUGAAGCAAUGCAGUACACAGCCAAUGAGGUGGAGCAGCCAAAGAAGCAUGAAGAGGAGGAUGGCACUACAGACACUGCAACCUCAUCAUCCAACAAUCACGAGAAAGACAGUGGGGUGGGACCUACAGAUGAAAGUCUGCGUAACGACGAGAGCUCAGAGCAAGAAAAUGCACCUGAGGAGCAGAACAGCGCUACCCUGCAGAGCAAACGGGAGCUGGGCCACAGCCAAGAUACGUUAGGAAGCGUUGAGCUCCAGUGCAAUGAAAGCUUUGUGUCUGGGGAAUACAUUGAAUCUGAUUUCAUAGGAAACCCGGAGGAGGAAUGUGAAAGGUUUCGAAAGCUGUUGGAACUGAAGUGCAAGAUUCGAAACCAUGGGGAGUAUGACCUGUAUUACUCGAGCAGUACGAUUGAGUGCAACAGAAGAGAGCAAGAUGGAGUGGAGCAUGAGCUGCAGCUACUCAAUGAGGAACUGAGGAACAUUGAACUGGAAUGUCAGAAUAUUAUGCAAGCUCACCGGCUCCAAAAGGUGAGGGAUCAGUAUGGAGACAUUUGGACUUUACAUGACGAAGGGUUUAGAAAUUAUAACACCAGCAUAGAUGUACAAAGAGGCAAACUGGAUGACAUCAUGGAGCACCCUGAGAAGUCUGACAAGGACAGCUCCAGUGCCUACAACACAGCUGAAAGUUGCAGGAGCACUCCGCUGACAGUGGAGCGAUCCCCUGAUAACUCUCUCCAGAGGAUGAUCAGCAUCACCAACAGGAAAAACCUGAGGAGCACAAUUGCAGCUGAUCAGUCAUCCUCAGGACAAAGCAAUAGGGAGACAACCUCAGCCAAAACCAAACCCAGUGAGCAAAACAGUGCUGCUGAGGAUGCAGUACUGGCAUCAGAAAGCAGCAAGUUCACAGACCAGGAAAAGCAGAGCAGCGAGCACAUUCCCUACCUGUCUCCAUAUCACAGCUCUGCUUACAGGUAUGGGAAUAUACCUGCUCAUGCAAAGCAUUAUCAAAGCUAUAUGCAACUUAUCCAGCAGAAGUCUGCUGUGGAGUACGCCCAAAGCCAGCUCAGCCUGGUGAGCAUGUGCAAAGACUCACAGAAGUGUGCAGAGCCCAAGAUGGAAUGGAAAGUGAAAAUAAGGAGUGAUGGGACGAGAUACAUCACAAAGAGACCAGUUCGAGACAGAAUCCUGAAGGAACGUGCCUUAAAAAUUAAAGAGGAGCGCAGUGGGAUGACUACAGAUGAUGAUACAAUGAGUGAGAUGAAAAUGGGUCGCUACUGGAGCAAAGAAGAGCGAAAGCAGCAUUUGGUGCGAGCUAAGGAGCAGAGGAGGCGGCGAGAGUUCAUGAUGAGGAGCAGGCUGGAGUGUCUUAAGGAGAGUCCGCAGAGUGGCAGCGAGGGCAAAAAGGAAAUUAACAUUAUUGAACUGAGUCACAAAAAGAUGAUGAAAAAGAGAAACAAGAAAAUCUUGGACAACUGGAUGACAAUCCAAGAACUGAUGACACACGGUGCUAAAUCUCCAGAUGGCACAAGAGUGCACAAUGCCUUUUUAUCAGUUACUACUGUAUGAACGCAACUUCUUUCAGACAGUAUACUACCAGUUUAGGUAGAGUACGAUUGCCUCGUUCAAUGUGGCAUUUUUAUAUAUUUUGUGACUGUUUAUAGUUUGACCUUUUUGUAAGCAAAAUUACCUGGUAAAUUUUAAUUUGUUUUUCAUAUAACGGUACCUUCUUUAUCUGGCAGUCUUUCUUUAUCUUGUAAUAUAUUCAUAUUAUUCAUUUAUAGGAAAAAAAAAAAAAAGAAAAAAAGAAAAUCAAAACAAAAAAAAGUGGAGAAACCAAUUACUUUCUUAACCUAAUACAUAUCCUGUAAGUUAAGACCUGGAUUUAUUUCUCUAGUUCUCUUUUUUCUACUUUAGUAACAAUACAAUACCAAAACAAAAUGCUUUAUACUGUAUCCUUGGCUUAACAAGUUUUAAAGUUUUACAUCUUAGAUUACAUCUGUUUAUAAAUUGUAUGCCACAUCCCAUCAUAUAGAUAAGAAUGACAUUUUUCCAGCAACACAUUGUACAGUACAUUUAAUCUGUAAAUUGCAGUUGUAUUUGUCCAAGUAAAGUGUAGGUGGGCAAUUCUCCUGUGUUAUGUAGUGGCAUUGGUCAUGUAGCUGGGCAGUAUGUGAUAAUUGUGAAGAUGAAAGAGAAAUAAAUUAUUGCUUAUCUUUAAGAAAAAAAAAAA